UGUCACGGGGAAAACACAUAUAAUGACUAGUAAAUCAGAAAACUUGAAAACGAACCUGAAAUGAAAUGCUCCCGCAAAUGAAAGCAUUUGAUAUUUUCUCCUCGCUCCACGAUUUCCAAUCUGCCCGCCUUAUCGCUGUCAUCCAAUCUUGCCUUUGACGUUUCUCAAUUGGUGUCGAUCCUUUAGGCAUCUUAUAAAAAGGAACAUCUUUAUUUUCUCCAAUUUUUCUGUUCGUACAACCGACCCCACAACAAGUUCGAGGCAUUUUGCUAAAUGCGAGAGAUAAUUUUCGAUGCAACAAGAAGUAAAUCAAACCCGAUUGUAAACAUAAACAAGGUUCUUGACUACAAGGAUGCGCGCCCAUCAAAAGAGGCCACGGAAAUAGUAAACAAUGGGAAACCGUCUAGUCUCUCUUGGUAUUGUGUGCAUAAACACCCGGAGGAGACCCAAUUCAAGCUGAAGUGCGAACCCUGGCACUCAUUGGAUUUUUGAUCAACAAAAUCUUUUGUUUUUUCAUAUCUUUGGAAAAUGCAACACCCUUGUUACUUUGCAUCUUCCAUUUCUCAAUUAACUUGAUGAACUGAGCUUCAAUCUCACUAGACUUGGCAGAAUCAAUGAUGUUUUUUUCUUUGAUUCUUUAUCUAUGUAGCCAAAAUGAAGCUGAUGAUAUCGUUUCUGAUGGUACCUUUAAUGUCCAGUUCAGCCAGUUUAGACUCAAUGUUAUUGCGCAUGUCACAAACCAAGUGGUAGACAGCUCCAAAACCUGAUUGCAAAGCUUUGUGUACAUUCACUUCUCAUCAGUACGAAAACAUUGUAGAUGGAAAAAAUCCUUAGGGAACCAGAAAAUGCUAGAUGGCAAUUGAAAAUAUGAAUCAAAGCCUUUUUUGCAAUGUAGCAGCACUGGUCGAAACAUGAAAGGGUGCACACAUCUGUUGAUAUGCAACAUGAGUUGUCUGUAUGUAGACACAGUCAAAUAAAAAUUCCCAAUGUCAUAAGUGGAUCUACACAUAUAUGUUACCAGAAAAAUUAAAAAUGCUUUUUUUCCAUUAAUAACAAAAUUAUGUCUAAACAAAAAUUUCCAGUUUUAAUUUCUAGUCUUCCCAAUGCUUAUCAAGCCUGUUGAAAUUUUGCACCUGGACUUCCUUUCCUGUCAAACUAUUCCAGGUAGUGAUGCAUCUUUCUGUUAGAAAGUUGCUUUGAAAGUUUAAUUGUACUAGUUUCAAUUAUUCUCAGAAAUUCUCUUUGACCUAUGCUGAAUAACUUAGCGGUUUCAGCCCUUUCAUUUAAUUAUUUGAAUACUUGAAUCAUAUCUCCUCUUUAGCGACAAAAUGCUUUAGUUGGUAAAUUGACAGCCUUAAAGAAUGCAUGUCAUCCAUCAGCCUUUGCGGUCCUAACAAGCGCAUCUCCUGUUUGCAUUUCUCAAUCAUUUCGCACCAAAGCUGUGCAGCCUCAAUUUACUACUAAGAUUAGCUCGGUUUGUGUGAAGAAUGAAGUGAAGAAUUAAUAUUUAUGGAUCACCCAUCGCUGGGUCGUCAGUUUCAGAGGAGAUCAGCACCUCUCAAACAUUUUCAAAUAGUGGGCUAUCAGCGGUUGUGCCCGAUCUUGCUGAACUUAGGCAUCUAUCUAUGGUACGUAAACUUUCGUAUCUUUUACUUUUAUGUUUUAUAUAUCAACACUUUCCCUUUGCAUUUCAAUAAUUAUAUUCACAGUACAAUACAACUCAAAAGGGUUGGGUAACACUUGGCCAGUCGCGAUUUUCUUCAAUUUUUUCAUCAUGUAAUAUUGAAAUUCACACAGGCUUUAUCAGAUCUAAAAAUUGAUGUGAUAUGGCAAAAAAACCUACCUUGGUUAUAUACAUAAUACCAAUAUUUUUCUCCAAGAUAACCUGUGUCUGUGCCACCACAAGUUCCCGCAAAAGUGGCAAAAAGGAAGUAUGCCCAUGCAAGGAUGCAUCAAAGCUUUGUAAUGAGAAAUGCUUUUGCUGAGUGAAGAGGAAGGGAAAUGUUGUAAAAAGCAGAGGAUGGCCAAUAAAUGAUGCAACGUAAAUCGGUUAAAUCUUUCUUUCUUUUCUUUCGAUAAAAUCAUCCCAGCAGCUACAUAACAUGCAUACUAACAACGGCAUAAUAAUUAACGCGAGACAUGGGCAUAAUCUUUCUCAAGAACUAUCCCAGAGGUCUCUCAAAACUGAUAUAUCUCAAAACGACUAAGAGCAAAACAAAAGUGACAAGAUCUUUCACAAGCAUCUUGCCCCUAAAACGGUGCAUGCCUCAACUGUUUUCUUUUGCUGCUACUUUUCCAUAAUUCUUACUGCCUAGGAUGGGGUACGGGGCUCCUAUAUAUACUGAACUAAAAACAAUAGACAUACGUAAAUGAAACGGUAAAAGGAAGUAAUCUACUAAGUGAUGAGCGGGGUAGGGUAGCGUGAUAUUCUUAAAUACUGGGUUGCUAUGGUGAUCUACUUAAAAUGCUGAUAAUUGACGUAGGUAUGAAGCUACUGAUAAUAAUACAAAGACUAUCCUAAUACACGUGAUAGGAAAAUGCGGAACAAGCAAGAAAAGUUACAGAUAAACAAUGUGAUUGGGUAAGGAAAAUCAAACGAAUGGACUAGAGAGGAAGGCCUAAAAUUAGCAGUCUUACAAUGUCAUAGAGUGGUGUAAAAAUGGAAAGGUAAACUUAUGUCCUGUCUACAUCAUAUCUUUAACAUGCCUCCUUAGUAACCCUGGUUUUAGCAUUUUGGUCUAGACAAGAAAACUAGUAGGCAAAAUACUGGACUCUGAUGAAGCCCUGUAUGCUGGGGCAUUGUUAGUAUUCGUUUAAUUUAAUUUGUACCCUACGUAGCUACUAAAAUGAAAAGGAAGAUCGUCAAAAGCACGAAUUACAUGGCUCUUGCAAACGAAAUAAGAAACGGAGCUCAAUCUUCAAUCAAUAAAAAUCAGUUGAUAAAAAAGCCAAGGAGACUCACCUGAGAUCGAGAGAACCCACUACUGUAGCUGUAGCUGUAGCUGUAGCUGUAGCUGUAGCUGUAGCUGUAGCUGUAGCUGUAGCUGUAGCUGUAGCUGUAGCUGUAGCUGUAGCUGUAGCUGUAGCUGUAGCUGUAGCUGUAGCUGCAGUACUAGUACAGAACACGACCGUCGAGGACCACUGUGCACGUAGAUUUAUCCAAUUCCAAAGCACUGAAAUCUUCGGCACACAGUAGAUUCUUUGUGGAAAGCAAAACGAAUUUGAAAAGCCUCUGUUCAAAUUGAAGGGUUGCUGGAGAAAGAAGUUUUGAAACCUUUUGUAGAGAGCAAGAAAAAAGAGAGAGAAAGAACCUUUAGAAAGACGGGACAAAGACCGCGGAGAGCACUAAUCGUGACCGAGAGGAUUUCGAACGAACCCAGGAGAAAACCGUAAAUAUCUCAGGAACGAAAGCAAAAAGGAGAAAAAGGAGACCGUAGUAUGGUGAACCAAUGAUCGAGGAUGAAGGGGAAAAAGAAAUUUUGAAAAUCAGCCGAGCAGUUUUGGCUGAAAUCCCUCUUUAUCGCCGGGCGGUGGGGACCUUUUGUUCGGGGUUAAUUUGCAUAUACGAAUUUUAGUUAUAGUGAUAGAAGGGUAUCACUUGAUAUCAAACAAAUACAUGCAAAAGAGCAAUGGUUACUGCUAAAAACUAAAACAAGGAACUGAUACAAAUAAAACUGCAAUCAUACCUUAUUCAAAGCUUUCGAUAAGCUUUUCGAUUUAUGCCAAAUGUCUAAUGAGUGGAAGACUUUUUUUAGCUCCGGAUUAUCAAGCUUCAACUCUUUCAUGCUUCAACUCUUUCAUUAUGGCACUUGAAGCAUCUGUUGUCACUUCUGCAAUGUCUAAUUCUUUCAUUAGUCUGACCUUUUCAAUGUUAGUCUGAGUUCUUUUCAAUCCUUCUCUUUCCAUGUUUACAGAAACUCCUUUGGUUUCCCUUACAUCCAACACUUCUAUGUCCACCAAAACGUUUGAAAACUGCUCCAUCAUAACAUAGCAACAAUACCAUGCACUGUGCCUGGGUGAAUUGUUGCGACCAUCACUACACAGGCAGAUAUCAUUAUAUUCCUUCAGAGUACCAGAAACAGCACUUUGGAUGUUGUUCCACAAAUUUUGUUAUUUCUGGUAAGCAAUAAAGACGCUGUAUUCUGCAAAAUGUAGAAUCACUUGGCAUAUGCAAUUUCGAAAAUUUGCAAAAUAAAUUAAUUUUUGAAAAAUUAUUGCCAGAUAGGAGGAUGCAAGAUGAUAACAUCAUGUCAUUCACAUAAACUGGGCUGUAGCGGUUGUAGAACAAAACCUCUGAUGAUGUCUAUGAUCCAGCAUGUCUAUUGGUGCAACUCCAAGAUAGAGUAAAGACAGAUGCCCUUUGAUUAGUAGUAAAAUUAAGUUUUGCACCACAUAAAUCAUCAUCUUCUGUUAAAUGGACACAGUGAGCACCCUUCAAUUCUUUCAAUUUUUCAAUUGAUUCGAUAAAUCUGGAAAGGUUCACAACAUCAUUAUCUUCUGUCAGGUCUUUACCAAAUGUAGAGAUACGAUUGUCUAUCUCUGAUUCCAGUUUCCUUUUUACAGUCUCCAAAUUACCUUGUACCGUCUGCUCAAUGUUGGUAAACAAUAAGCUUUCAUUGGCAAGGUCCAUUGAGUCAUUAAAGUAAAUAGUACACUUCUUAUUUUGCUCAUUCCCUUCUGUGUCAUCAGGCAAAACAAAAGACCUUGUCACAUCAAUCUCCACGUCAUCAAUCUCUUUUAUUUUCUCCUUUUUAUCAUCCAGAUUGCCAUCCAAUUACAUUUUCUUCAAAUUUCCGCUAACGGUCUCAACAUAUUCAUCACAACUGGAAUAAGAAAAUAAAUGUUAUGAUGGACACUUUGGCAAAACCAGGCCUGCCAUGAAAAUUGCAUAAUCACCUGAAGAGCACCUUAAAUUAGCCAUGGAGAUAUUACCAUGAAGCAAAUAAACAUUUUGAAACAAUUUUGAUCAAACUUAUACCAUCUCCUGAAGUGACCACAAUAUUAAAAUUAAUAUGAUUUCUCAUUUCGAAACUUGAUAAAAACUCUAUCAGAAUACAGUGCUAUCAGAAUACAGUGCUUACAAAGAAUAGCUGAUGCUCAUUUUUUCUAACAGUUUAAAGGCUAAGACUAUUGAGCUUAUUGGGAGGUAUGGUUGAAUCUUUUCAAAUUAACAAUGUUUAUUAACUAUGUAACUCUCAGCUUCAUCUUCAGUAGUUUCACCUCCACUUUUGUUCAGUUCCAAAAUGAUACUGUCUGUGUCACUUGUGGAAACUGACACUAUGCUCUCACUGUCACUUUCUAUGUCCUUGCUCUGAAAAGGAUCUCCAUCAAUAUUGCUCGUGAUAUUAAAAAUAGACUGACCAAGUUUCUGUUGUGGGAGACUCUGAGAUGUGCUGAAGGAUAAGAUUGAUGGCUCAUUGACAAUAUCAUCUUCAGUGGUGCCAAGAAUAUCAACAUCACUGUCUUCAAUUGAACUAUGGUCAUGGGCAAAGCCCUCAAAAAGCUGUGCAAUAGGUCUUUUGGCAUGUUUGGGUCUGUGAGGUGUUGAUGACUGGGCAAGCAUUUCAGUGUCAACAUCAACUGGAAAAGAAGGGGAAAAGUUGCUUCUUUCUAAAUUUACUUUAAAAGUAUUUACUCCCCAAUUGCUUGUCUACAUUGUAAACAUUUAGAAAUAAAGGUGGAUGAUGGAUAUGGCAAGUAGAGUCACAAGUUUAAUCUUAAUUAACGCAAGUAAACGGUAUGCUUCUCAUUGGAUAGAGUUUUUUGGUUUGAUUAUAAUUCAAGUUGUGUGGUUAGCUGCAUAAUUCUAUUAUACCCCUUAUUUCGAUAGAAGAAAUUAAAGCAUGAAAGUAGGCCUAAUCUUACCCUUUCCUUGUUCAGGACUGGUAUCCUCUGAGCUUUGCCUCAAUUUUUCAAAUCCAUCUAAAACUGCGUGUGCGAAUUCGUUAUUGGUUAUGUACCCAAUUGGUUAUGUACAUGCUUUGCUUGAUCUUUGACCAUCACUCAAAGGUUGAUUGGUAUACAUAGAUAACUUUCAACUUCUCACAUCUUUGUGGUCUUCCAGUCUUCAGCGCAGACAUUUUACGAACGAAAUGAAAAUAAAAACUUAUGAAGUUGACGUUUUUCGAAGAAAUCUAGAUCUUUCCAAAAACUUAGACUCGUUCGCAGUUCGAUGUUUGCAGACUGCCGAUCACAGCUACAAUAGUAUCAUACGAAAGUGGCAAAAAACAACUUUGGCUUCCCGGUCGAGUGCACAAUGCAUGAUGGUAGACAUGCGUUCUUUAAGGCGUUUGAGAUAACUUAGGUUCUUUCUUCCAUGGAUCAUUUUUGUAGCUCAUCUUUGCCCAGAUUCAAUACACCAAUUGCACGACCGCGGCCUCGAGUGCGCGAAGAGGUCUGGCACUAGUUUUUGGGUGAAAAAGUUUCACCCAUAGCAAUGUAAACAGUAAACAGUACUACGGCAUCUGUGCUAUACGAAAGUUAUCGAUUAUUUUUCUCAAUGUUUCACUUGUCUUGACCUAGUCUGUAAUCUUCGGAACAGCUUUUUUAAAAGCUCCUGUAAUUUCAAAGAUCUUACAGCACUGUAAACGAUGGAUUUUCAGUUGCUCUCUGGUAUGAAAGUGGAAGAGCUGAAGGCAUUCCUGCGGCUCCGUGGAUUAAAAGUAAGUGGAAGGAAAGAAGAACUCGUUGCCAGAGCAUUCGUAGCGAUGGAGAAUAACGUUCCUAUCGUGCUAACAGCCGAGGAAGUCGAAAUAGAACUUGCUAAGCAGUACACUGCAAAACUUAAUGUAUUUAUAUCGGAUGAAGUUGGAAUAGAGGAAAUACCGGAUCCUUUCAAGCUCACUGAAGGUUGGAUUUCUGAAAGCGAAGGAGUUAAACUUUGGCCACAUACAUUCUACCCUGACAUUUUCAACUUUUUGGCCUUUCAUCCGAACGAGUUAGCAAGCAGCGAUCUCUGUGAUUACAAGACCUCUAAAGGGUACAGUUACUACCAGGAUGGGUGGCUUAAACCGCUUGAUUUUAACAUAAUCUCGCCAAAGAGCUCUCUAUGUUUGCUUCGAACAAUUUGCAGACCUUCGCAGAGAAUAUCUGAUGUACCUCACAAAUUGUGGGUGUGUUUAAUGAAAACAACUGGGCGCAUUAUGGCUGCUCAUUGUUCAUGCAUGGCAGGGAUUUCCCAAACAUGCAACCAAGUAGCUGCUGCACUCUUUAGGAUUGAGGCAGCAGUAAGGAUGGGCUUGUCAAACCCUUCAUGCACAUCAAAGCCUUGUGAAUGGCUACCAAACAACAAAAAUGUGCAGCCUUUGAAAGUAACAGACCUCAAGCUUGUUCGAGGGGAUUUUGGAAGAAGAGGUAAAUGUAAAAAAAGGUUGAAUUCAUCACCAAAAAAGAAAUACGACCCCACUGUCAAUAUUCAGGGAUCAUUAAACCUUAAUGACAUUGUGUCAGCCCUCAGAUCUGUUUGCAAUGAAAAUGACUCAAUCAUUUUCACAGCUGAGCGGAAAGAAAUAACAGUGAAUACGGAAGAUAAAGAGCCAGUUAAUUUAUUAACCCGUUCCGAUUUAUUUCACUCAGCAUCCACUGCAGAGGAAUUUAUCAAUAGCUUAUCCAGUUUAUCAGAGAAAAUUUCAGAAAUUGAAAAGGCAACUAGGGGCCAAAGUAGUAAUGACUUUCGGUUUUCAGUGAGAAGGCACCUGAUUACUGCAUCAAAAGCCCAUGAUGUCAAGACAAGGAUGUCAACUCAUAAAAGUAAAGGAGAAGCAGACUUUAGUUCAGUUUUUGCAAGAGUUUCGGGAGAAAAGCUGGUAAAUGCUAGACUGCCAGCACUAAAGUAUGGCCUUGCUAUGGAAGAAGAUGCUACAGCAAAGUUUUUUGAGAAUUUUGCCAGGGAGCACAAAAGUGCAACACUAAAGGAGUGUGGUUUGUUCCUUUCCAAAGAACUACCAUUCAUUGGUGGUAGUCCUGACAGGAUUGUUUACUGUGACUGUUGUGGGAAGUCAUGUCUGGAAGUCAAAUGCCCCUUUUCCAUAGCCCAUACUUCCCCUAGCAAUCCUGAUGCAAAACUGCCAUAUUUAGCAAUUGAUGCUGGGUCCAAAACGCUUUGUUUGAGAAGAAACCACAAAUACUUCACCCAGUGCCAAGUUCAGAUGGCUGCUACAAAAUCCAAACAAUGCUACUUUUUUGUCUGGACCAGUCAUGGCACAUUCACAGAGAAAGUAAACUUUGACGAAGAAUUUUGGGACAGUACAAAGGAUUUAUUAAAUGAAUUUUACACAAAUUUUUAUAUCCCACAUAUGUUUUCAACCAAGCUUUCAUAAAAUUCACUGCUUUCAACAAUUGACUUUUUGCUUCUUUGCAUUUUUAUUCUUCAUUUAGUUCUAAUGUAAACUUGCAGGAGCUUUAAUGUUACAAAUUCUUUAAGAAAAAUACAAAAAGGAUGAGACAAAAUUGUCUUUGCAUCAGUAUUAUGUUAUUGAAAAGUCAGUUUCAUGUUGUGCUAGUACUUUAUUUUUAAAUGAAAAAUGUUACAACAAAAAUUAAGAAAUAAUUUUACCCAAAUCUAUUUUGACGUCACAUGUUGAAAAAGUAAACACUCAACAGAAAUACAAGAUUCUACAAUGGUUGGGAACAAUGCUCAAUUUGAAAAAUUAUGGGCUAAUCAAAAUAUUAAAAAACAUUCAAGCCUGUGACUGUGACUAAGGACAGCUUUAAAUUUAGAUGAAUAAUGAACUGAAAUUAGAAUGUUCUAGGUUCAAUGUUCUCAAAAAUCAACUUCUAAAACUUGGGCUUCUUUAGGAGAAGAAUCAACUAGGUAAAAAAGGUCUAAAAUAAAAAAUAUGUCACUUCAUCAAGGUGCUCAUACACAUAAACAUUGUAAAGAGGUUUUAAUCAAUUGGCUGUUUUUUUUCAUAAUUUGAUAAAACAAAAGGGAGGGCUGCUGCUAGGGGGUUAUCCAGAGCUUGAUGAUAAGGAGGGAGACCUAUUUUGGCAGGAAGCUUAAGAAAUAAUUAGUAUUGGUAAAUGAAUAAAAUUUUUCACUGUCUUGGCUUGAUAAGAGGUGGUUGCAUGUUGCAAAUUGCUGCACAAGUCUUUAUAAUAUCAUCAGCAAAUGGAAGAAGAGUGAGGGGCAAUGUACCCUUCAAAAUUCUAAAUGUUUUUAUGUGAUUAAUUGCACGCUCUACGUGGAUCCGUAAAUUUGCAAUUGCCUUUGUCUUGUUGCACUCUUCAGCUGUCAUCUGAGAUUUGACUCUUGCUCCAGGUGGGACAAAAAGUGUGCAGUAAAAAUGGAGGAGAUCCUCUUUUAUCUGAAACCCGCGAUCUGCCAUUAUUACGUCAUUAUAUUCAAAUAGGGAGUAGAAUCCACUGUUCUGACAUAUGUACUGAUCAGUGGUCCUACCCCCAAAACACUUAGAAAUGAAAGUUAUAAAGCCAGAUGGAGCAAUACCAAUAAGGAAUUUGAUAGUGUUCCUCUUUUUGUAAUCUGACCAAGUUCCUGCUUGAUCACUGACUGACUUUGGUCUUUCAAUUGCUAUCUCAGUGCAGUCAAUGAUGCAUCUGGUUUUACUAUAGGGCCCUUUGAAAACAUCUGGCAAAUUUAUUGUUAUGAUGUCUUUUUCGAGCCACACUAUCAAUGCAUCUCCUAGAAUUCUGCUCAAAAACCUGAUCCAUGUGGAAAAUAUUCUUGAGCAGGUAGAUGGGGAUAUUUGAAAUCUAUAUGCAAGAUCAUUGAGUAGCAAUCCAAGCCGUAGCCGCAUCAUAACAAGCAAAAACUGGUCUUUGCCACAUAGCUUUUGAGACAUCAAACAUUGCUUUUGUAGAAAUGACGGUCUUUGAUCCCCUCCACAGCACCAAAUUUGGUAGGUAUGGGCGUAAUAAUGCAAAAAUAGCAUUAAAGAUGACAAGUGACUGGAUGCCAGUAUAAAAUUUGAUCUGUUCAUCAGAUUUUAGAAAAGCUGCUGACAUUCUCUGUGGCCCUUUGACAUCAUCCUUUUUUCAAUUUUAAGGAUUCAAGCUUUGUAGACAACUUUGCAAUAUUUUCCUUCAAAGCAUCAUUUUCCAUCUUAAUCACACUAACCUUACUAUCCAUAAGAGAACUUAUCUCUAAACAUUUUUGGCACACUCCAUCCUUUGAAAAUG